GUGGUUUAGCUUUCUCCACCGAAUUUCAAAAUUUUUCCAGCCACACCCAUCAUCAUCUCACAUUAUCUUUUUUAUCUUCUUAAUCUGCACUCUGAUGAUGAUCAUCCCGAUUUCUUCGUAAUCGUUUCUCAUAAACUUUUGCCCAACAAAGAUUUGAUUUUAUAAGAUCGAUCGAUCCUUCAUUUCAAUGGCGUCUUCUUUAACUUCAUCCGUUCACAAGAGCUUUAAGUAUGAUGUAUUUUUGAGUUUCAGGGGCGAAGAUACUCGUACAAACUUCGUUGAUCAUCUUUAUCAUGCUCUCCAGCAGAAAAGCAUUCAUACUUACAAGGACGAUGAGAAAAUCAAAAAAGGUAAAAAGAUCAGUGAUGAACUCAUCGGAUCGAUUGAAGAUUCAAAAUUUUACAUCAUUGUUUUCUCCAAGAACUAUGCUUCUUCAUCUUGGUGCUUGGAUGAGCUAGUGAAGAUAAUGGAGUGCCACAGGACGACAACUGAGCACACUGCUUACCCUGUCUUCUAUGAUGUGGAACCCUCAGAAGUCAGAAAACAAAGUGGGGCAGUUGGAGAAGCAUUUGCCAAGUACGAAAUGGAAGAGGCUGCUGAGACAUGGAAGGUGGCUCUGAAAGAAGCAGCGGAUCUCUCUGGAUGGGAGUUGAAGAAGACUGCUGAUGGGCAUGAAGCUAAAGUUAUCCAAAGAAUAGUUGAAGAGAUUUCACUAGAGUUACGUACAAUCAGUCUCAACAUUGAUAGAAAGUUGGUAGGAAUGGAGACCCGGAUCAAAAAUCUUGUACCAUCUAUAGGAAUUGGUUGUGAUGAUGUCCGCAUGAUCGGGAUCAAGGGGAUGGGAGGUGCUGGAAAGACAACUUUAGCAAGAGCUGUUUUUGAUGACAUAUCCUAUCAGUUCGAAGGUAAAAGCUUCGCAGAAAAUGUCAGGGAAAAUGCUUCUUUGUUGGGUUUAAAGUCGUUGCAAAAGCAAAUCCUUUCAGAUGUCUUAAAUGAUAAAGAUAUCAAUGUAAGUAGUGUUUAUGACGGGAAAGACAUGAUGAAGAGGAGACUGCCUCACACAAAGGUUCUUGUUGUUCUAGAUGAUGUGGAUCACAUAGACCAACUAGAGGCUUUAGCAGGUGAGCCUAACUGGUUUAAGCCUGGGAGUAGAAUUAUCAUUACAACAAGAGAUAAGCAAGUGCUCAUAGCACAUGGAGUGAAGUUCAUUCAUGAUGUCAAUCUGCUAUACAAUAAGGAAGCAAUUUGCCUCUUUAGUAGGCAUGCGUUUGGGAGAGAUAUUCCAGUUCAAGGGUAUGAAGAGCUAUCAAAAAAAGUUGUACGUUACGCGGCUGGUCUUCCCUUGACAAUUAGGGUUUUGGGUUCAUUUCUUUGUGGAAAAGAUGAGCUUGAAUGGAUAGAUGCCCUAGAAAGACUAAAAACGAUUCCGGAAACAGAAACUUUGAAAAAAUUGGAGUUAAGCUACAUAUCUCUAGAGGAGGAUUACAAGGAAAUAUUCCUAGAUGUUGCAUGCAUCAUGAAAGGUUGGCAGAAAGAUAAAGCAAUCAAAGCGCUUGAAAGCUGUGGAUUUCGUGCUAGAAAUGGCUUAAAAGUUCUUCAGCAAAAAUCUCUUAUAACUAUUUAUAAGAACUUUUAUGAUCACAUAGGCAUGCAUGACCAUAUUGUAGAAAUGGGCAGGAAUAUUGUUCGUCGCGGGCACCCCGAUAAGCCUCAGAGACAUAGCCGAUUGUGGAUUGAAGAUGAAAUUGAAGAGAUAUUGGCUAAUGAUUUGGGUACUGAAGCAACAAGAUGUAUACAAUUCCACACUAUCAGAUUUAAUCCACAUAUUUUUAUAAAAGGUUUGAGAAAGAUGAAGGAGCUUAGAUUUCUUUCUAUUCGCGGAUAUUGUUCCAGUGAUUUGGAGUUUAGUACAGUUGUUCCAGACUUCCCAAAUGCUUUACGAUGUUUAGAUUGGACCAAUUACCCUUUUAGGUCUUUACGCACAACAUUUCAAGCAAAUAAUCUUGUUGCACUUAAGGUGGAUGGCAGCAGAAUUGUACAACUUUGGGAAGGAGGAGAAAGAAAGGCUCUCAACAAGCUCAGAUUCCUUGACCUCAGUAGUUCAUUGUUGAGUACGCUUGACAUUGGGCUGGCUCCAAAUCUUGAAGAGUUGAUUCUUUAUGAAUGCAAAUAUUUGGAAAAACUUCACUUGCCUGAAAGAUGUCUAAAUCUAAAACGCUUACUACUCACUAAUUCAAAAUUGAGGACCCUUGAGAUUGGGCUGACUCCGAAUCUCGAGGAGUUAUAUCUUGAAAGGUCUUGUUGUCUGGAAGAACUUCACAUGGUCAACGAAUGUCAAAAGCUAGCCGAACUCCAAAUUAGUCAUUCAAACUUGAGGACCUUUGACCUUGGGGUGACUCCAAAUCUCAAAAAGUUAGAUCUCAAAGAGUGUCGUAAAUUGGUAGAACUUCACACUCCCAUUGGAGGUCUAAAACAGCUUGUCCAUGUAAACUUAAGUGGUUGUUUGAGGUUUAGCUCUUUUCUGUUUCAGAUAAACUAUCAUACUGCUUGUAGUGUGGAUGAAUCACUUGAGGUUGGUCCUUUAGCCAAGUUGCAUCUGAUUGUAGAGUCUAUAGAAAGAUGCCAACUUCACCCUGACAGUAACUUGCCAAAGUUUCAGUUUAGAUGUUUUUAUACAGAAGAUCGACCCUCAUUGACGAGAAAUCUUGAGAUGCUUUUUUCUGUAGGUAUGUGUGCUUGCACAAACCUCGAGACGUUUUCACGAAGCAUUUAUGGGUUACAACGUUUAAGAGAGCUUGAACUCAAAGGCAUUUUUCUAGAGGCGAUCAUGGACAUCGAGCAGUUAGAAUCUCUCGAGGAGCUAAUAUUGUUGUCUACAAAGAUUAAACAUCUUCCGGAUAGCCUUUGCAUGUUGAAACACCUGAAAUAUCUCAAACUUUAUGAUUGUUCGCUGCUUGAGAAGUUACCAGAGGAUCUUGGCCAAUUAGAAUGUUUAAAGAAGCUACGUUUGACAGAUGUAAAGAUUAUUAAACAUCUUCCGGAUAGCAUUUGCAUGUUGAAACGCCUGAAAUAUCUCAACCUUUAUAAUUGUUCGCUGCUUGAGAGGUUACCAGAGGAUCUUGGCCAAUUAGAAUGUUUAGAGAAGCUACAUUUGACAGAUGCAAAGAUUAUUAAACAUCUUCCGGAUAGCAUUUGCAUGUUGAAACGCCUUAAAGAUCUUAGACUUUGUGGUUUGCUGCUUGAGAAGUUACCAGAGGAUAUUGGCCAAUUAGAAUGUUUAGAGGAACUAAAUUUAAUGGGCUGUGAACGUUUACAAGAUAUCCCGAAUAGCAUCUGUGAGAUGAAACGCCUAAAAUAUUUCUUUCUUGACGAUUGUAUUCGAGUUAAGAAAUUGCCUGAGGAACUUGAACGUUUGGAAUGCUUAGAAGUGUUAUAUCUAGAUGGUACAAUCAUUAGUCAACUUCCUCUGAGCAUUCUUUUGUUGAAUGGUCUGUUUAUUAGUGGGUCGAGACAGUUGCUUGAGUCCUGUGGGUUUACGUCCGAGAUACAAGCCUUAUCAUCAUACUGCUACAUACGGCUGCCUAUAAUGCAGGCACCCACAGCAGGAGUCUCCUCAACUCUGCUCCAGGGAUGAUUUUGAGAAGCUCUCGUGGGGCCCGGAAAAGACAACUCAAAUAGAACUAUUGUAAAAGGUACUUUCUGUGUUUUUCUUAUUCAUCAUGUUACAUGAUUUCAAUUUUGAAAUUGUUAAUGAUGAUAUUAAUUUUUCAGCCAAAGUCAACUAUUAGAACUAGAAAGAGACAAGUACUGUACAUAAACACAACGUUUGUGUUACAUGUAGAUCUUUUCAUAUCAUUGUAUAUGUGGAGGAUAGAUAUAUCACUGAUUUCUAUCAGGCAGCUGCAUCUGGUCUGUUUUUGAUCAACAAUGAUGACAACUGGGAUGAAUAUUUAUUAAUUGAGAUUCAUUUGUUAUCUACGUAAGGGAAUGUAUUUCUUAUCUCAAGCCAUGUUACUUAGUUCUCAGCAACCUCUACUCAUAAUAUGGUCUUUAGAUAGGUCUUCCUCUUGUGGUAUAACUAAACUUUAUCUCAUCAGUCCCAUGGAUUUCUGUUAAUACUUGGAUAUCAUUAUUGUUUCAGGAUCUUGAUCUUCUACAAUUUCUAUAUAUGGAGCUGAGUGCCUCAUUACUGAAGUUCUGUGUGUUUUUCUUUAUUUUGGUCAGAUAUAACUUGAAAUGACUGUUAUAACCUGGUUCAUCCUAAUCUCAUUCUAUUUUCAUGAUUUUCUCUCAUAAAAAAUAAAUUAAUUAGUUUUGGAGUAAAUAAAUGCUGAGAAAUGUAUAUGACACACACUCUGGUACAUUGCUAUUUGGGAUUGUAUUCGAUAUUUAUGUAUGUAUGUAUUUUUGUAUAAAUGUAUGUAUGUAUGUAUGUUUCUGCAUUA